UUUUACGGGACAUCAAAAAGACACAAGGACAUGGUUCAUCAUGAACAGGACAACUAUAACAUAGACGGUCACCAUUUAAGUCUUCGUCCACUGGGCAUCUGUGAGCCACCAUCACGCCAUGGCCUAGUAUUGUGCUCCGAGAUGGGCCUCCCCCACCGUGGUUUCUCUGUUGCUACAGCCCAGGACCUAGAUGUAGACAGUCAAGCUGUUUUGUCACCGGAGAGAGCUAUGCAUCUGUGGGACCGUGGGGGUUUGGGAAAGUCAUCUCGGAGGAGUUCCUGUCUGUCUAGCCGCUCCAACUCAGCGCUGACUCUUACCGAUACAGAACAUGAGAACAAGUCUGACAGUGACAACGGUUUCCCCAUGCCCUCUCCCUCCUGUCCAUCAUCUGUCAUUGACCAAACACAUUCAGCCAGUCUACAUGACAACCCAGUGUUAAGUGACACGGCUGAGCCAGAAGAAGAGGAGGUGGAGCGAGUGGAUUAUACUGCGCGAUUGUACUUACCGGUAAACCAUGAGCAACCAUCCUAUCACCACAGCUCAACUCUGCCACCGGUGGCACCCCCAUAUCGUCAGCAGCCUUCAGUAACAGCACUCAACCAAUCACUGGGCUCUGCACAUCACUCUGGUCAAUCGUUGAAUUCCACACGGCAACUAACUCCUCCCACUGGAAGCCCGGCCCCUGUGGCCGGCCAAUUACCUGCCGAGCUGCAGACCACACCUCCAGAGAGCGUCCCGCUGCAAGACAGCUGGGUGCUGGGUAGAAAUGUGCCUCUGGAAACAAGGCACUUCCUUUUUAAGACAGGUACAGGUACCACCCCCCUCUUCUCCACAGCCACACCAGGCUACAGUAUGGCGACAGGCUCAGUGUACUCCCCUCCCACCAGACCUUUGCCAAGAAACACCUUGUCCCGCUCUGCGUUCAAGUUUAAGAAAUCUUCCAAAUAUUGCUCAUGGAGGUGUACAGCCCUCAGUGCAGUCGGACUGUCUGUACUCCUCUCUAUCCUGCUCUGUUACUGCAUAGCAAUGCACCUGUUUGGUCUGAACUGGCAGCUGCAGGAGAGUGAGGGAUAUGGAGCAUUUGAAAAUGGAGGUGUGGGAAGAGAUACGACUCCUAACACGUUUAUGGUGUCCACAGACAACGGUAAAAUUCUCCUAGAAAACAACACUAUAGACACAGGAGAAGUGGAUGUAGGUAGACGAGCAAUUCAAGAUGUCCCACCAGGUGUGUUUUGGAGGUCGCAGCUUUACAUUGACCAACCACAGUUCCUGAAAUUUAACAUCUCAGUGCAGAAAGAUGCUCUUGUUGGAGUAUAUGGACGCAAAGGCUUACCGCCCUCACACACACAGUAUGACUUUGUGGAGCUACUUGAUGGAAGUCGACUAAUUUCCAAAGACAAGCGAUCCCUGAGUGACACGGACAUGACAAAUGUACACUCACUUGGUGGUUUUGAAAAGGACCCCGGCAGAGAGGUCCGUUACAGACGAUCAGUGAACAUAAACGACGCUGGCUUCAUCCAUUACCUGGACACAGGCAUUUGGCACCUGGCAUUUUACAACGAUGGCCGCAAUACAGAACAAGUGUCUUACAAUACUUUCAGCAUCGAUUCGAUUAUGGAGUGUCCGCAGAACUGUCAUGGAAACGGAGAUUGUCUCUCAGGAAUAUGCCAUUGUUUUCCUGGAUUUCUGGGGCCUGACUGCUCUCGAGCUUCCUGUCCUGUGCUGUGCAGUGGGAAUGGCCAGUAUUCCCGUGGACGCUGCCAGUGCUACAGCGGUUGGAAAGGCACAGAGUGUGACGUGCCCGUCAACCAGUGUAUUGACAUCCAUUGUGGAGGACAUGGCAUCUGCAUUAUGGGUGCUUGCAUCUGCAAUACUGGUUAUCAGGGAGACAACUGUGAAGAAGUGGAUUGUUUAGAUCCCAGUUGUUCAGCCCAUGGGGUGUGUAUUCAUGGCGAGUGUCACUGUCAGCCUGGCUGGGGUGGAGCCAGCUGUGAAAUUGCCAAGGCUAUGUGUCCGGACCAGUGUUCGGGUCAUGGCACACAUAACACAGAAACCAGUACCUGUACCUGUGACCGGAAUUGGACUGGACCAGAUUGCUCCUUAGAGGUGUGUGAAGUGGAAUGUGGAAGUCACGGCAUUUGUUAUGGUGGUUUGUGUCGCUGCGAGGAGGGAUGGACUGGAACGGUGUGUGAUCAGAAAGCCUGCCACCCAUUGUGUAGCAAGAACGGUGUAUGUAAGGAGGGGAAGUGUGAGUGUAACCAGGGCUGGACUGGGGAGCAUUGCAAUAUCGCUCACAAUCCGGAUAUUAGAGUAAAAGAGGGUUGCCCAGGUCUCUGCAACAACAAUGGAAGAUGCACCCUAGAGGCCAGUGGCUGGCACUGUAUCUGCCAGUCAGGAUGGAGAGGAGCAGGAUGUCAUGUAGCCAUGGAAACUCUCUGUACUGAUGGCAAGGACAAUGAAGGAGAUGGCUUGACUGAUUGUAUGGAUCCAGACUGUUGUCUGCAGCCCUCCUGUCAGAACCAGUUGUAUUGCAAAGGAUCACCUGACCCAGUGGAAUUACUGAGCCAGUCCCCCUCUUCACUGGCUCCUCAGCAGGCUGCCAGGUCUUUCUACCAGCGCAUCCACUUCCUCCUAGGUCCCGAAUCCACUCAUGUCAUAUCUGGUGACAGUCCAUUCAAUAAAAGCUUGGUGUCAAUAAUCCGUGGUCAGGUUUUGACAGCAGAUGGGACACCCCUGAUUGGAGUCAAUGUGUCAUUUGUCCACUACCCUGAACAUGGAUACACUGUUACACGGAAAGACGGCAUGUUUGAUUUACUGGCCAAUGGUGGAGCAUCCCUGACAUUAAGUUUUGAACGUGCUCCGUUCCUGACCCAAUACCGAACUGUGUGGGUGCCUUGGAAUGUAUUUUAUAUGAUGGACACUCUGGCCAUGAAGAAGGAAGAGAAUGACAUUCCCAGUUGUGACCUGAGUGGUUUUGUCAGGUCCAGUCCUGUCAUUGUCGCACCUCCCCUGUCUAUAUUCUACAAAAGUUCACCUGAGGAUGGCCCCAUCAUACCAGAAACACAGGUUUUACAAGAAGAAACCGCAAUACCUGGCAGUUAUCUCAACCUGAACUACCUGAGUUCAAGAGCUGCAGGAUACAAACCAGUCCUCAAAGUCACCAUGACACAGUCAUCAAUACCUUUUAACCUGAUGAAGGUUCAUCUGAUGGUGGCCGUGGUGGGACGUCUCUUCCAAAAAUGGUUCCCGGCUCAGCCAAAUCUUUCUUACACUUUCAUUUGGGACAAGACAGAUGCUUAUGGCCAACGUGUUUAUGGACUAUCAGAGGCAGUUGUGUCGGUGGGGUUUGAAUAUGAAUCCUGCUUGGACCUGAUCCUGUGGGAGAAGAGAACAGCCGUUUUACAAGGCUACGAGAUGGAUGCUUCCAACAUUGGAGGAUGGACUCUCGAUAAACAUCACAUUCUGGAUGUACAAAAUGGUAUCCUCUACAAAGGCAACGGUGAAAACAUAUUUGUUUCCCAGCAACCUCCUGUCAUCAGCAGCAUUAUGGGAAAUGGACGUCGUCGUAGCAUCUCUUGUCCCAGCUGCAAUGGGCAAGCUGAGGGUAAUAAGCUGUUGGCACCUCUUGCCCUGGCAUGUGGAGCCGAUGGCAGCGUCUAUGUUGGAGACUUCAACUACAUCAGAAGGAUCUUCCCCUCUUGGAAUGUUACCAGUGUGAUGGAGUUGGGAAACAAAGAUUUCAGACAUAGCAACAACCCUACCCAUCGGUAUUAUCUGGCUACCGAUCCAGUGACAGGACAGCUUUAUGUGUCAGACACCAACUCACGACGGAUCUACCGCCCAAAGAACCUCAGUGGUGCCCGGGACCUCAUCAGUAAUGGUGAGGUUGUGGCUGGUACUGGGGAACAAUGUCCGCCCUUUGAUGAAGCACGGUGUGGAGAUGGAAGAAAAGCUACAGAAGCCCAGUUACUGGGACCUAAAGGGAUUGCAGUUGACAAAAAUGGUUUGAUCUACUUUGUGGAUGGGACAAUGAUCAGAAAAGUGGACCGCAAUGGGAUCAUCUCCACAGUGUUGGGAAGCAAUGACUUGACAUCUGCACGACCUCUGACCUGUGAUACCAGCAUGCACAUAAGACAGGUUCGUUUGGAAUGGCCCACUGAUCUAGCAAUCAGUCCCAUGGACAACUCCAUCUAUGUUUUGGACAACAAUGUUGUGCUGCAGAUCACUGAAAAUAGACAGGUUCGCAUUGUGGCAGGCCGUCCCAUGCACUGCCAAGUACCUGGUGUUGAAUACACAAUGGGAAAGAGAGCGGUUCAGACCAUGCUAGAGGGAGCAACAGCCAUUACUUUGUCCUACAAUGGCAUUCUCUACAUCACAGAAACAGACGAGAAAAAAAUCCAUCGCAUUCGACAGGUGUCAACUGAUGGAGAAAUUACCUACCUUGCCGGAGCACCAUCUGAUUGUGACUGCAAGAAUGAUGCCAACUGUGACUGUUACCAAACAGGCGACGGUUAUGCUAAAGAUGCAAGACUUAAUUGUCCUGCCUCUUUGGUGGUGUCACCGGAUGGGACACUGUAUGUGGCUGAUCUAGGAAAUAUUCGCAUUCGAGCAAUUCGGCGCAACCAACCACUUACUGGCUCUUUGGCAUCUGGUCCCAGCUCCUAUGAAGUAGCCUCUCCAGCCUCCCAGGAGCUCUAUGUGUUUGACUUAAAUGGAACUCACCAAUUCACAAUAUCCCUGGUCACUGGAGACUAUAAAUAUAAUUUUAGCUACAGCAAUGAGGAGGAUUUAACAGCAGUGACUGACAGCAGCGGCAACACUCUACGUAUACGUAGAGAUACAAACAGGAUGCCUGUACGUGUGGUCGCCCCAGACAAUCAAGUCAUCUGGUUGACCAUCGGAACAAAUGGGGGUCUGAAGUCUCUCACAGCUCAGGGUCAAGAGCUGGUCUUGUUUAGUUACCAUGGCAACAGUGGCUUACUAGCAACCAAAAGUAUCCAAAUUGGCUGGACUACUUUCUAUGACUAUGACAGCGAGGGUCGUUUGACUAAUGUUACCUUCCCUACUGGCGUGGUUACCAAUCUCCACGGCGACAUGUCAUCAGGGGCUGUUGCUGUGGAUAUAGAGACGUCAGGGAGGGACGAGGAUGUUUCCAUAACGACCAACCUUUCAUCAAUAGACUCGUUCUACAAUCUGGUGCAGGACCAGCUUCGAAACAGCUACCAAGUGGGUAAUGACCAUUCGCUCAGGGUCAUCUAUGCCAAUGGGAUGGAUACACAUUAUCAGACAGAGCCUCAUAUUCUUGCAGGUGCCGCCAACCCAACUGUAGCGCGGCGGAACAUGACGCUUCCAGGAGAGAAUGGCCAAAAUCUGGUGGAGUGGAGGUUCAGGAAGGAACAGACACGUGGAAAAAUCAUUGUCUUUGGAAGAAAGCUCAGAGUGAAUGGAAGGAACCUGUUGUCUGUAGAUUACGAUCGCACCCUGCGAACAGAGAAGAUUUAUGAUGAUCACCGGAAGUUCCUCCUGAAGAUCAUCUAUGACACUCAGGGGCAUCCGACGCUGUGGGUUCCAAGCAGCAAGCUACUCGCUGUUAACCUGACAUACUCCAGUACAGGACAGGUAAUUGGACUGCAAAGGGGUCCAACCACAGAGAAGUGGGAGUAUGACAGUCAAGGAAGAAUCAUUUCCAGAGUGUUUGCUGAUGGAAAGACAUGGAGCUACACUUAUUUAGAUAAGUCCAUGGUCUUACUGCUGCACAGCCAGCACCAGUACAUUUUCGAUUAUGACUCAGGGGACCGGCUGUCAGCUGUUACCAUGCCGAGCGUCGCUCGACACACCAUGCAGACCAUCAGAUCCGUCGGCUACUACAGAAAUAUCUACAUGCCACCUGAGAGCAACGCCUCAGUUACUGUGGACUAUUCUGAAGAUGGACAGCUCCUGAGAGUUGCCCAUCUUGGAACUGGACGCCAUAUAUUGUACAAAUAUCGCAGACAGAACAAGCUGGCAGAGAUUCUGUAUGAUUCAACUCGGGUCAGUUUCACAUAUGAUGAGACGGCCGGUGUGCUGAAGACUGUCAACUUGCAGACUGAAGGGUUUAUCUGUUCCAUACGGUACCGCCAAAUUGGCCCACUGGUUGACCGGCAGAUAUUUCGCUUCAGUGAGGAUGGGAUGGUGAACGCACGUUUUGACUACACCUAUGACAACAGCUUCAGAGUCACCAGCAUGCAGGCCGUAAUCAAUGAGACUCCACUGCCAAUCGAUCUCUAUCAAUUUGAUGACAUAUCAGGAAAGGUUGAGCAAUUUGGGAAGUUUGGAGUCAUCUAUUAUGACAUUAACCAGAUAAUCUCCACAGCAGUUAUGACCUACACCAAGCAUUUCGACCAGCAUGGUCGCAUCAAGGAGAUCCAGUAUGAGAUCUUCAGGUCUCUGAUGUACUGGAUCACCAUUCAGUAUGACAACAUGGGCAGAGUCACCAAGCGUGAGAUCAAGAUAGGGCCAUUUGCCAACACGACGAAAUAUGGCUAUGAAUAUGAUGUUGAUGGACAGUUGCAGACAGUCUCCCUCAAUGAAAAAAUGAUAUGGAGGUAUAAUUAUGACCUGAAUGGAAACUUACAUUUGCUGAAUCCGGGAAACAGUGGUCGAUUGACACCACUUCGUUACGACCUCAGAGACCGAAUCACUCGUCUAGGAGAUGUUCAGUACAAAUUGGAUGAAGAUGGUUUUCUAAGACAGAGAGGGGCUGAGAUAUUUGAAUACAACUCCAAAGGUCUUCUCAUUCGGGUCUACAGUAAAGCUGCCAGUUGGACCAUCCAGUACCGUUACGACGGUCUGGGUAGACGAGUGGCAGCCAGGAACAGUCAAGGACAACAUCUGCAGUUCUUCUAUGCUGACCUGAACUACCCCACCAGGAUUACACAUGUUUACAACCACUCUAGCUCCGAAAUCACCUCCUUUUACUAUGACUUGCAGGGCCACGUUUUUGCGAUGGAAAUCAGCAGUGGAGAAGAGUUUUAUAUUGCAUGUGAUAACACUGGGACCCCGUUGGCUGUCUUCAGCAACAAUGGACUCUUACUUAAGCAGGUGCAGUACACGGCGUAUGGCGAGAUUUAUUUUGAUUCAAACCCAGAUUUUGUGCUGGUUAUUGGUUUCCAUGGAGGCUUGUAUGAUCGUCUGACACGAUUACUACAUUUUGGAGAUAGAGACUAUGACAUCCCCGCCGGGAGGUGGACAACCCCUGACAUCAGCACAUGGACCAGGGUUGGGAAAGACCCUCAGCCUUUUAAUCUGUACAUGUUCCAAGGCAACAACCCCAUCAGCAAAAUACAUCAAGUCAAAGAAUAUGUGACAGAUGUCAACAUCUGGUUGGUCACGUUUGGAUUCCAUCUACACAACGCAAUUCCGGGAUUCCCCAUUCCAAAAUUUGAUUUGACACAGCCAUCGCUGGAGAUGAAAAAAAGUCAACUGUGGGAUGACCUGCCUUCUAUCUCAGGUGUCCAGCAGGAGGUGACCCGCCAGUCUCGGGCCUUCCUGUCUUUCGAGCGAAUGCCAGAAAUCCAGCUCAGCCGACGCCAUACAGACCAUGCAAAACCAUGGCUCUGGUUUGCGACAGUCAAGUCUCUAAUUGGGAAAGGCGUGAUGCUUGCUGUUAUCCAAGGCCGCGUGGUGACCAGCGCUCUCAACAUUGCCAACGAGGACUGCAUCAAAGUGGCUGCAGUCCUAAACAAUGCAUUUUAUCUAGAGGAUCUGCAUUUUACAGUGGAAGGACGGGACACUCACUAUUUCAUCAAGACUAGCCUGCCCGAGAACGAUCUCAGUGCACUGCGGCUCACCUCGGGACAUAAAUCAUUGGAAAAUGGUGUGAAUGUGACAGUGUCACAGUCUACAACAGUGAUGAAUGGCCGAACACGGCGCUUCGCUGAUGUGGAGCUGCAGUACGGCGCUCUGGCACUCCACGUGCGUUAUGGGACAACGCUGGAUGAGGAGAAGGCACGAGUCCUGGAGCAUGCGAGGCAGAGGGCGUUGACAAGUGCCUGGACCCGCGAACAGCAGCGUGUGAGAGAUGGCGAGGAGGGAGUUCGGCUGUGGACAGAGGGAGAGAAAAGGCAACUGCUGAGCAGUGGGAAGGUUUUGGGUUACGACGGUUAUUACGUAUUGUCCAUAGAGCAGUACCCGGAGCUAGCUGACAGUGCUAACAACAUCCAGUUCUUACGACAGAGCGAGAUAGGGAGGAGGUAACAGGGUGUAUUUGUACACAGAGGGCUGUCGGAGACUCCAAAAAGAUGAAAAAUAAAUUCAAUUUUAGCAAAAAUGGAUGUCACAGACUGAACUGUCUUCAGAGUCAAAGGUUGACAUCUGAAGAGGUCCAUGUUUGCAAAUAUAUUUUUCUCUGAGGACAACUCAGGCGUUACGAAGAUGAUCAAACAAUCAGGUCAAUAUAACUGAUAUGAAACAAAGACAAAUCUGAUUUAAAUUAUAAGAAACAAGAAAACCUUCAGUAUAUUGACCAAUGCCUUUUUCUUUCAUUCUUUCUUUCUUUGAAUUGCCUUUGAACAGCAAAUGCAUGCAUUGGCCCACCCUCUCACUCGGUCUCCCUGGAAGGCGGGGUGGGGCUAUCCUGAAUGCUUUAUGUCAUGCUGUCAAAGCGGUGAUUACAGUGGGAAGUAAAAACUAGUUUUCGGAUAGCCAACUGAGCAUUUCAACUUCUAUCACGGCUACAUCAGUUGCCUCGCAUUUCAAGAGUUCUGAACUGUCUGAGCAGUACACAUAAAUGUCUGUGGAUCCCUAGCAGAUGUUGCCAGUAUCAUUUAACCAUGGAGCCAGAUGUAACUUUCACCGUUGGUUUUUGACCCCCAUGGUCUAGAAGGAGCUUUUGUUAUUUCAUGGCUGGAGCAAUCGAACGGAACUGUUGUAGACUUUCUCCGAGAGAAUGGCACAUAAAAGGACUGAUUUGUACGACGGACAAUAAAGGAUAGUCUGAAUAUUUUGGUUUGUAUUAUAUUGAAACAUUGUAUUGCAUUUGCUUUGGAAAACAAGGGGGAUAUAAAAAUCAAAAGUGUUUACAUACUAUUACAGAUACCACUACGACUAUUACUACAACUUACACCACAGGAACGGACUAUGAUCUUAACCCGACAAAAUGGGACAUUUUAAAUUCUAUUUUUUCUUUGUUGAUCUAUGAUCUGUUUGGUCAGUUUCCAUGAACUCCUCCGCAUCCCCUCUAAAUCAACAGAUCCUUUCAGAAGAUGGGAUAGUGCCAUGGCAGUUUAUGGUUCUCUUUGGAUGGACCAUGUGUGAGUCCAGUUUGUUCAGUGGUUCUGUACAACACUGAUCCCCUAAUAAGUCCAAGAGUCCUACAAUUCUGCAAAAUGUGACUGAGUCAUAUAAUGCGUACAACUUGUGCUUUUAUCGGUCAAAGUUUGUAGUAUUGCUUGCAAUAGAAAUAUGUUGUCUUGGCUUUUGGGGGGAGGGGGAGUAUUGCUGUGAGUAGGAACUAUUGUUGCUUCUCUCAACAUUUUUGCUUGUCUCUUUAAGAGGAGAGUGUAUCGCCAUCAUUGACUAAUAGUAAUAAAUCAAGAAUUGGUGUGUAUGUUUUUCCAUGACUGUGUCGGUCUUUGUUCUCUUAGGGAGUUUUCCUUGUGUGUUUGUUUUUAAGGGUAGGAUCUGAAUCUGAAUCAUUUUAAGGAGCAUAAACUUAGAGCAUUUACAGGGAACAUAUGCCACUAUUGUUUUUGUUUUCCACAAACAAUUGACAAGUUGAAGUGUAACAGGUUCAUCUUUUUGUUGAAUGUUGAGAAAUUCCACUUAUCUGUACAACAAUACUCGUCUCUGAAAAUAAUUUAUGUACAGUGUUUCUACAGUAAACAAUAAAAUCUU